GCUGGGGUCCACGGCUCAUUUGUUCUCUGGCAGAGUUGGUGUUGACUGAUCGGGCCAAUUCAUUGCAAGGCAACACCUCGUUAUAGCACAAGCAAAGUUUUUAACACAGUUACAUAGUACGUUUAAGCGCGCAGUCAUCCACGCACUUUGAUUGUGUAUUGUUUAAAGUGUUUUAAUAGUACGUUUUAUACUGCACGGCUGACUGUACCGCGGUUACACAAGUGUAUGGUGUAACCCAAUGCUGUAACAACAACAUGCCCUUAAGUCAAAUCUUUGUUUAAUAAUAAUAAUCAGUUGUGUUCGAUGUCAUCCUCGUCCUCCUACUAAUGUGGUGCUGUCAUUUGCCGUCCGAACAAUUAAAUUCGCGCACAGGUUUGUACAGCGUGUGCGUAUAGGUUGGUGUUCCUGCCACAGGUUAGGCUUAGGUCCCGAAACGUCUAGCCACUCACGGACACAAGAAUCCAACGUUCCCCUUGGCAACAUGACGAUGGCGUUGGACGCGAAGAAAGCCGACGCCACGGUUCGCCUGGUGGAGACCUCUGCCUGCCCACGUGGGGUGCGGCUCGUAAGCCCGUACCGCACAAACCGCUCGGGGGAGCCCAUGGACCUCGUCGCCCUGGCGCAGCAGGUGCAGAAGGCUGACGAGUUCAUCCGCGCGAACGCGUGUAACAAGCUGUCGGUGAUCGCCGACAGCAUCCGGUACCUCCAGGAGCAGGCGCGCACGGUGCUGGAGGAGACGGUGCGCGACGCCGAUCUGCACCGCGCCGCCUGCAACGUCGUCAAGAAACCGGGCAGCACCUACUUCCUGUACCAGCGCGAGAGCGGGCAGCAGUACUUCUCCAUCCUCUCUCCUCAGGACUGGGGAUCGCGCUGCCCGCACGACUUCCUGGGAGCGUUCAAACUGCAGGCGGACAUGUCGUGGACACCGGCCGACGAGGCCGAGGAGAAGGAGGCAAAACUCUCGCCGCUCACGCAGCUCGUGGCUCACACGAUCGCCGAACCCUCGGGUCUCUCACUGGCGACAUCGUCGCUUCCGCCGCCACUCAAGUCUCUGCAGUCGCCGGGCGACGAGGACCCGCUCGGGAUCUCCUCGGCGGAGUUUCCCAGAGGACCUGGAGUUUUCCCUUGCGUGGGGCUGCCCUUGGAGGAAGGAGCCUGCUUGGACUGAAGCAGGGGUCUGCAACCUGCGCCUUCGGAGCCGCAUGCGGCUAUUUGGCUGCCCCCUUCUGCAGCUCGUUGGCUUGCCUCCUUUGCGGGCAGCAGUUAAAAAAUUUAAUCUUAAACGUAAUUUAACAUCAAGAUAAUUGAUUAAAUAUGGCACUAUGGAAUGUGACCCAUUCCGUAGUACUGAACCUCUACUUGCAUUUGCUCUUCAUUGGCCUAUAUGGGAUAAAAUAAUUGUGGACCAAAAGCUUUCUGACACCAUGCCAGCCAGCGAGGGGGGGAGUGUUUGGCCGCACUGAAGCCUGCUCGACAGUGUCGGUUGGUGAAGGCGGACGUGGCCUAGGAACGGUUCGGCUAUCACUUGGCACCGACAUUAGCCACGGAAAACAGACGCAGUGCACUGUCAGCACUGCGCCAUCGCGCGGUCCCCCACCGCCAGUGCAUGCAGUGUACCGAGAUAACGUUGUGCAUGUACAUCACAGAAGUGUUAAACUGUGCGUCGUGCAUCAUAGUACCUGCGGACAAUGCAGGUGCCUACAAUGAAAUGACAGUAGAUCAUCGAUUAUCCGGCGCGUGUAGGCCUCGGCAAGGUAAGGUAAAUUUCGAUUUAAAGCUUUCGUGACUGCAGGGAUUCAUCUUCUUGGUUCUUUCGGUAAAGUCACGUGGAAGGGAAGUAAUAAAAUAAUAAAAA